AUGACUCGUUGCAGAGAUCCCCCGGCAGCGACCGGGUCUUGGUACGGCUGGCUGGUCUGCGAAGCGAAGAAUAAGCAGACUAAUUCGAAGCAGGAGAACCGGUUGCAACAGCUUGAAGAGAAGAUGGAAUCAAUAUUGGAAGGGUCAAUACCCAGUCGCGAUAUUGAAACCCCCAAGGCGUAUUCUCGCGGGCUCCACAGUCGCGGGAAUACAUCGGAAUCAAGCAGGUCGCAGGAAAUGUCCAUGACGCCGGGGAAUCCUAGUGAUGAGACAGCUCUUGAGAAUGCAGAUACGUUGCCCUUUGCGAUGCCGCCGAAAGAGAUCGUCGCGGAGGGUAUUGCCCUUUAUUUCCAAUACUGCCACAAGCAACCUCUAUGGCUGUUCCUCCCGGAUAGUCUUUCCGUUCCAGAUCGAUGUCGCAGCGAGGUGCUGUUUGGCAUACUCAGUCUUGCGCUGCGCUACUCGAACAAUCCGUUUCUAGAUGGACGAACAAACCAGAUGUGUCGACAAUAUGCCGAAGCCGCUCGCAGCUAUGUCAUGUUUCGAAUCGUCCAGGGAACCGUGGACCUUUCAACGUUACAAUGUCUCUGUUUGAUUGCACUGGCUGAAUACAUUGCUAAUGACACCCAUCUCGCCUGGCUCCAUAUUGGGCUUGCCACAAACCUCGCUAAAUGUGCAGGUCUUGACAUUGAGCAGCACGAAGGCGAAUAUACGCCAGCAUUAGAGGAACGACGAAGAGUGUUCUGGAGCAUCCAUCUUCUCAACCAGCAAUACGCUCCCCACAGCAUGCAGUUGAAUAUGCUGCGGGACAUUCAUAACCCGAAAUACAUGGCUGUCAACAUUGAUUCUCCACGGGAAAUGGGGAUGAAACCACCUCAGACCCCGCAAGAAAACGAUGCCUUAGGGGGCAUCUGGGUUUACAUGGUACAGCUAUCCACUCUUUGGAGCGAAGUGCAGCAUUAUGUUUCGCACUGCGCCAGUGGAGAUCCCACGCCACCCUGGUCGGUGGACUCUGGAUAUUGUAUCAUCGGGGCUCAUCUGAUGGACAUUGAAACGAAGUUUCCCACCACCCAUCGAUACGAUUCCGUACGGUUUCAGGAGCGGUCGCCAGAAGAAUUAAAUCGUGCCCGUGAGUACUGGAGUCCCUGGCUGUACCUCCAGUUCACCUACCAUGCAGUGCACAGCGUUCUGAAUCACCCUUUCCUUUACUCGUGGCGACCUCAGCAGUCCGCCCAACUUGCAGUACCAAACACGUUCUGGAAGACAUCAUCAGAGCUGGCACUUAUCCACACGACGUGGACGGCUCGCCUCAUUGACAUGAUUGGCGAGAAGGAUUACCAACUGUCUGACCCGUUUCUUGGCCAUGUCGUGGCCAUCGCGGCAACAAUUCUCAUUUACUACUGCCGUGCCGCAGAUCCGACCGUGAGGGACUCCGCUCAACGGAAGCUGGAGACUUGCACGAGAUUCCUGAGUGACUUGGCCACCAAAUGGCCCCGAGUCCAAGCAAUUGGGCUCAUUCACUCAGCAUUCGCCGUCAGUCCGCAUUCGGGGGAUCACCGUUCACCACGCCGGACGUUAUCAAUAGAUACGUCAUUGAUGUGGGACAUUCUGUGCUAUAAUUCUACCAAGACUCCAUUCGCUUCGCCGGGAGACGGUCUCUUUGAUCCGUCAUUUUUACAGCCCCCUGGGCAGAAGCAUCCAGAUCGGACGACAGUCGAGACUGAGAUCUUCCAUCAUUCCGCCAGGACGGUAGACACGUCUGACGGAGGUCAAGCGCUGCCGCCGUGCUCAAGUACAGUGCGCCAUCGGGCCGCUUCCGAAAACUCGCAGUCAGAGCCUUGGAGCAGUACGAACUCGAUUGCAGCUGGCAAUGGCCCAAGCCAAGGACCACUACCACGGGAACCGUUGGGCUUGUCAGGUUUGGGGUUUCCAGGUGAUGUGUCGUUCAUGGACGUUACGCGUGAUCCAUUUUUCCAAUUUCAGGACCACGAAAAUCCUUACCAAGGGAUUUGGGAAAUUGGAAACCUUUGA